CACUGGCCCACAAUGCCUUGUGCGCUUCGACUGCGUCACCGGAAAUAUGUGCAGUAGACUUCCUCUCUCUCCUCCGCGCGUGCUUUGCGGCAGCUGUGGGGUUUUUUAAAAGUUUAUUAACGAAUUAAACACCAAACUAGAGGAAUAAAUAUUCAUCAUGUCUACUUACCCGAUUGACGAUGAAGAGGCGAGUGCGCGUGACUGUAAAGACACGAAAGCGAGUUAUGACCCUUACAACGUUAACUACCCCAGUGAUUAUGACUAUCACACCGGCGACCCUAAAGCUGAUCUGGCGUAUGAACGUCAGUAUGAGCACCAGCAGACAUAUCAUGUGAUCCCUGAGGUCAUCAAGAACUUCCUGCAGUAUUUUCAUAAAACCAUCUCAGACCUGAUCGAUCAGAAGGUUUACGAGCUGCAGGCCAACCGUGUGUCCAGCGAGAGCAUUGAGCAGAAGAUCUAUGAGAUCCAGGAUGUGUAUGAGAACAGCUGGAACAAGCUGACAGAUCGCUUCUUUAAGACUUCUCCAUGGCCGGAGGCAGAAGCCAUCGCUUCCCUGGUUGGUAACGAUGCGGUUUUCUUGAUCCUCUACAAGGAGCUGUAUUACAGGCACAUCUACGCCAAAGUCAGCGGAGGUCCAACUCUUGACCAGAGGUUUGAGUCCUACUACAAUUACUGCAACCUCUUCAACUACAUUCUCAAUGCUGAUGGACCAGCACCUCUGGAGCUUCCUAACCAGUGGUUAUGGGACAUCAUUGAUGAGUUCAUUUACCAGUUCCAGUCGUUCAGCCAGUAUCGCUGUAAGACGGCCAAGAAGUCAGAGGAGGAGAUUGAGUUCCUGAGGAACAAUCCCAAGAUCUGGAACGUUCACAGCGUGCUGAAUGUCCUUCACUCUCUGGUGGACAAGAGCAACAUCAACGGUCAGCUGGAGGUGUACACUAGCGGAGGUGACCCAGAGUCCGUGGCUGGAGAAUACGGCCGUCACUCUCUCUAUAAGAUGUUGGGAUAUUUCAGUCUGGUGGGAUUGCUGAGGCUUCACUCUCUGCUGGGCGAUUACUAUCAGGCCAUCAAAGUACUGGAGAACAUUGAGCUCAACAAGAAGAGCAUGUAUUCACGUGUGCCCGAGUGUCAGAUCACCACCUAUUAUUAUGUGGGUUUUGCGUAUCUGAUGAUGAGACGCUAUCAGGAUGCCAUCCGUGUCUUCGCCAACAUCCUGCUGUACAUCCAGAGGACCAGAAACAUGUUCCAGAGAACCACCUACAAAUAUGAGAUGAUUAAUAAACAGAACGAGCAGAUGCACGGGCUGCUGGCCAUCGCUCUCACUAUGUACCCCAUGCGCAUCGACGAGAGCAUCCAUACACAGCUGCGCGAGAAAUACGGAGACAAGAUGCUCCGCAUGCAGAAAGGAGAUCUUCAGGUGUUUGAGGAGUUGUUCAGCUUUGCCUGCCCCAAGUUUCUGUCACCUGUAGUUCCAAACUAUGAUAAUGUUCAUCCAAAUUAUCACAAAGAACCAUUCCAGCAGCAGCUGAAAGUGUUUGCAGAGGAGGUGCAGCAGCAGGCGCAGCUCUCCACCAUCCGCAGUUUCCUGAAGCUCUACACCACCAUGCCUGUGGCCAAACUGGCUGGAUUCCUGGACAUGUCCGAGCAGGAGUUUCGUAUCCAGCUGCUGGUCUUCAAACACAAGAUGAAGAACCUGGUGUGGACCAGUGGCAUCUCUGCUCUGGAUGGAGAGUUUCAGUCUGCCUCUGAGGUCGACUUCUACAUCGACAAGGAUAUGAUCCAUAUUGCAGACACCAAGGUUGCCCGUCGCUAUGGAGAUUUCUUUAUUCGACAGAUCCACAAGUUUGAGGAGCUUAACCGAACGCUGAAGAAAAUGCCUCUGACCGGUGCUGCCUCAGGUUCGAGUACCGCCACAUCACGUGCCACAUAAUGCAGAUCCCACCAGAAGAACUAAUCAAACCCUAAUAUUAUCUGACUGUGAUAUCCACCAAUCACAGGCUAACCCAGACUUCUCAACCAAUCAGGAACCACCUCUGAUACUCUUUUACCAGUCGGAGGCCAUUUCUGAACUGUAAUGUAAGCCCUUUGUUCAUUUCACUGACUUGUUCUGGACACAAGUGAAAUUGAUGGAAGUUCUUUUUCUAAGUCAAUAAAGUUUGAUGUGGCUGAA